AUGUGCCGAUCCCCACUCUCGCCUGAGUUCGCUCGCAGAUGUGGCGUAUUCCCGGUGUACCGGCGAAACAAGAAGGUUACUCGCAGAUCUUGCCCUUUGCAGUGCAAUGAGCAAGACAUAGUUGACGGCCUUCACCCCAGUAGUGUAAUUGGCAACGCCGACCACCGUCGUCGCACCUCCAAGUCGUCGUCGGUGUUGUACCGUGUUAUCAUUCAGGGGCAGGGCACCCCGAGGACGAUGGUCGUGAAGAAGUUCCAGCACAAUGAAACUGGACCAGAUGUGGAGUCCCGCUGCCUAGCAGAGGUGAACCUGCUGGGCAGCAUGUGUCACCACAGCAUCAUCAACCUUGCAGGUCACAUCCGCACGGACAGUUGUGUCCUCCUCGUCUACGACCACAUGGAGAACGGUAGCCUCCACAAGUGGCUGCACCCGAGCCUACCCCAGGUGCCGGCGGAGGGGGAGGAGACCGUGCGCCUGCGGCCGCUAGACUGGCCGACGAGGCGGGCCAUCGCCGUCGACGUCGCAUCCGGGAUUUGCCACCUGCACCACGGAUGCAACAAUCUCAUCGUCCAUCACAACAUCAACUCCAACAGCAUCUUGCUUGACGGCGACCUCAAGGCCAAGAUCGCUGGCUUCGGGUAUGCGCAGCUCAAUCUUGCCGGCCUAGACCAUCCGGUGCCAGCAUGGGAGCUUACUGGCACCAACAUAUUUGGCUACACAGCUCCAGAGUAUACGACCGAGGUAACCCAAAAGGUGGACGUCUACGGCUUCGGUGUGGUGCUGCUGGAGCUCGUCACCGGUCGGGUGGCUAACCAGGCAGCUGUGGAUGGCCACUUGGCGACCUGGGCAGGAAAGCACUGCAACCAACUGCUGAAGAACAAUGCAGCAGGUUUCAACAACGAUGCUGCCGACCACAAUAUCCCAGAUCGCGCACGGCACCUCAAGGAGAUGGCAGCCAUGUUCAGGCUGGGCGUCAGUUGCACUGUUAGAGAGGCGUCUGAAAGGCCGUCUAUAAAGACGGUUCUCCAACACCUCCGGGGUCAUGGUCGCUUUUAG